AUGGAUCAAUAUUCAAAUUACGGGGGUCAACAGGAUCCUUCAUCUACGGGCUACAAUUAUCAGUCAUAUAACGAUGCCUAUAGUCAAAGUGGAUAUACACCAUCAACAAAUACAUCAGAAUAUUAUUAUGGGAAUAAUAAUACCCCAGCUGGAGGUAAUGGGAACGAUAGCAAUGGUACAAAUUCUCAACCAGCGGCGCCUCCGUCGGCAUCAUCGCAAGGGUAUUCUUCUCGAGAUGGUUAUGAAGUAAAUGGGUAUCCCUCUGGUUAUAAUUACGGAAAUUAUUCUACGCCAGCAACUCCAGGAAACUAUCAAGCAGGCCCAGGCUCAUCAGGUGGUUCUACAACUCAACAAUACAAUGGAGCAAAUAAAACAGGCUAUACAGAUCGUGAUAACGAUUAUGGCGAUGGCCCUGGCUAUAGCGGCAAUAAAAAUCCAUAUGAUGGCUAUGGUGGUAACUACAAGUCUCGUGAAAAUAGCCGAGAAGGUGGUUAUGGUCCACCGUCCAAAGAUGGCGCUGGAUAUGAUAGUUAUGGGAACCGUCCUAAAGGUGCAUAUAGUAAUGAGUCUGUUAAUAAAGACAAUUUUAUAGACGGUUCAGCAGUUCAAACGAGCACCGAUACUGUUUAUAUUUCAAAUUUAAGCAAGGAUGUCACUGAAGAGAAAUUGGCAGAUUACUUCGGUGGUCUUGGAAUGUUAAAAAUUGAUAAGAAGACACAAAAGCCAAAAAUAUGGAUCUAUUACGACAAAGCAUCUGGCCUUCCCAAAGGAGAUGCCACUUUAACAUAUGAAGACCCGGACUCAACUGCUGCAGCAAUCAAAUAUUUUGAUAAUCAACCAUUCCUUGGCCAGGUCAUAAAAGUCGAAAUGUCAGUACGUAAAAUCGCUUCCACAGGUUUUAGAGGUGAUUGGGUGUGCGAAUCCUGUAAAGCCAAUAAUUUCGCUAGAAGAAUGGAGUGUUAUAAAUGCCAUACACCUCGUGCUGGUGCACCUGGAGAUGGAGGUGGUUAUGGCAGUCGAUAUUCUGGAUCACCAAGAGGUGGGUAUAGGGGUCGUCGUGGUGGAGGUCCUUCAUAUGGUGGUAAUAGAUAUGGCGAUGAUGAUAGAGGUUACGGAGGUGGUAGCUAUCGUAACAAUGAUAAUGGGUAUGGUUAUGAUCAAGGAUAUGGAAGGCAAAGUAAACAGGAUGAACGGCAAGACCAUAGGCAUAAUAGAAUUCAAGAAUACGAUUUGUUAGAGAUUACCGGCAAAAGAAAAGAAACCGAAGACCCAGAAUAUUUUAAGGCAAAAGAUUUGUUUACAAAAGGUUUCAAUAUCGCAUCAAAAAUUCCAGAUGAUUCGAAAGAAGAAACUUUGAAAGCCAAUGAGCAAGAAAUUUUGGAAGCUACAAAAUAUCUUGUCGAGGCCUUUUUAUUGGACGAGAAAGCGACUGAGAUGUCGCCUAGAAUUAUGUCACUUGCUCAGCAAUACGAAAAACUUUUAAAGUUACAAUAUGGUGUAGAAGAUAAUGAAAAGAAAGAGAAUGAAGAAGUAUCGGAAGAAGCGGACGAGGAUGACAAAGGCAAGGAGGUAGCAGAGGCAAAGGAGGCGGUAGAGGCAAAGGAGUCGGUAGAGGCAAAAGAGGUAGUAGAGGCAAAGGAGGUGGUAGAGGCAAAGGAAAUGGUAGAGGCAAAGGAAGUGGUAGAGGCAAAGGAAGUGGUAGAGGCAAAGGAAGUGGUAGAAGCAAAGAAAGCGGAGAAAGACUAUUCUCCUCCGGAGGAGGCAGAUACAUUCGAACCGGAAUUUACCAGAGAGUCACUUAUAUUAGUAAUCUGGCUUCUCUUCAACGGUAAACAGUAUCAGUUCUGUAUUCAGACUCUUACCAUAGCCCUCAAACAACUUGAGCCACCUCUUCAUCCUCGUCUUCUCCAUCUUCGCGCUUCAUGUUAUCUUGCAACUGGAGAACACAAACAGUGUAUCAAAGACCUUGAGCGUUUAGUGUCUAUUAAUCCCAAUUUUGUUGAUGCUUAUAGUAUUAUGGGAUCUAUAUAUAGGUCACAAGGAGAUCGAAUGGAGGCUGCACGCAAUUUCAAAGUCUACAUUGAAAAGGCCAAUAAAGAUUCGACCUCUUAUGCACCUGCUCUUUACGCUUUGUCUGCACUUACGAUUCAAAACACCACCCCAACGACAGGUAAUCGGAAACAAGUCACACAAAAUUUACGUACUCAACAAGCUUCAAAUUAUUACACAAGAGCCAAAGAAGCGGAGGAAAGAUAUAAAUAUCUUUACGGACGUACCCCUGAUAUGACAGAUGUUAAACGUACUGCGGUUGCACUUUUCGAACCAAAGCGUCUAAAAGAAAGUACGAAAUUGGAAAAAGGAUCCAAAAAAGAGGCAGAGAGAUUAAAAAUUUUGCAACGAUUCCUUGCAUCCUCGAAUGGAGAUCAGCAAUAUAAGGGUAAAAAGUGUAAUUCUUGUAACAGCCAAGAGCGAAAAGAUGUAAACGGGGAAUUGGAUAGCGAAAAAAAAUCACAAUUAUUAGUUUGUUCUGGUUGUGGGCGUGUGAGUUAUUGUUCAAAAGAAUGUCAAAAGAAUGAUUGGAAAAAUGGACAUAAACAACAAUGUGCAACAUGGAAAGGUGCAACAUUAAAAGGGGAAACACUGAAAGGAGCAAACAGCAAAUGA